AGCAGUUAUUUCCUGAUAAGAAACACCUAGACCAAGAACACUACUGUCUGUAAUUCCAAACCUCAAUGUGCAGAACUGUCCGUCCCAUACAGCUAGCACCUAGCAGCAGCAGCAAGGUGUGCAGCAGCGCCCUGUUAUACCGAGCCGUCCUGUCUCUCCAGCGAGCAUCCCUUCCCAGGGGCGGUGCUGAGGGCGGGAGUGAGCCUCUGUCUUCUCUCAUUACCGGAGGCAGUGAGUGGGGUGUGGAGCUGAGCUGUAGCUUCUCGGCUCCCUGGCUGCAGCAGGAUCAGUCUCUGCCGGGACGGGAGCAGAGGAUGGAGAAGUAACAGGAAACUGCGCUCACCCUGCCAGUCCCUGAUCGGCAGCUAUUUUGCUUAUUAGAGCAGCUACCUGUUUUUUCAUGUAAAGAGUGAUUGGUUCAAUGAAGGAAGCCAAUGUAUCAAGAAAUGGCAUUAUUGGCAGGGCAAGCAGAGGCCGACUUCACCUCAUUUAGAUUCAAAAACUUGGAGAACUUAUGUGAAGUACAGACAAGGAAAGGAGUGUUCUACAAAACAGCUAAACUCCUUCACCCAGGAGAGGAAAGAUGUUACAGAGGACAAGUGGAGGACAGACUGCGACAUAUAAUCAUCAAUGUAGGGGGCAUAAAAUACCGGAUCCCAUGGACCACACUGGAAGACUGUCCAUUGACACGGUUAGGAAAACUAAGAGAUUGUAAUAAUUAUGAUGAAAUCAUGGAUGUUUGUGAUGACUAUGACAUCAAUUGCAAUGAGUUCUUCUUUGAUCGUAACCCAUGUGCCUUUAGGACUAUUAUGACUUUUUUGGCAGCUGGGAAGCUGAGGAUACUGAGGGAGAUGUGUGCCCUUUCCUUUCAGGAAGAACUUAUCUACUGGGGGAUAGAGGAAGAACAAUUGGAGUGGUGCUGCCUUAGAAAGCUGCAGCAGAAGGAAGAGGAAUUAGCUGAGGCCAGGAUGUAUGAGGGAGAAUUUGGUAGCUCCAAGGAGAAUUCACAAAGUGCCUUGCAGGACAGUGGACGUAUGGCCCAAUGUAUGAAGCAUCUCAGGGACAUGGUGGAGAACCCUCACUCAGGGAUUCCUGGGAAGAUUUUUGCUUGUUUGUCAGUGUCUUUUGUGGCCAUCACAGCAGUCAGCCUGUGUAUCAGCACUAUGCCAGACUUCAGAGAAGAGGAAGAUAGGGGAGAAUGUUCCCAGAAGUGCUACAAUAUGUUUGUAUUAGAGACUGUUUGUGUAGCUUGGUUUUCCUUGGAGUUCAUCCUGCGAUUUAUCCAAGCUGAAAGCAAGUGUGUAUUCUUAAGGACGCCACUGAACAUAAUUGACAUGAUGGCCAUCUUGCCUUACUACAUUACUUUAAUAGUGGAUUCCCUUUCGGGAGAAAAGACUGGAGGAACAGGAAAUAAAUAUCUGGAGAAAGUGGGCCUGGUCCUUCGUGUACUCCGGGCUUUGAGAAUCUUGUAUGUCAUGAGGUUAGCAAGACAUUCUCUAGGACUCCAGACGCUGGGCCUCACAGUCAGAAGGUGCACCAGAGAAUUUGGACUCCUCUUGCUGUUUUUGUGUGUUGCCAUGGCCCUGUUUUCUCCUCUUGUUUAUCUGGCAGAAAAUGAACUUGGUGCCAAGCAGGAAUUUACCAGUAUCCCAGGGAGUUACUGGUGGGCAGUCAUUUCCAUGACAACAGUAGGCUAUGGUGACAUGGUUCCUCGAAGCAUUCCAGGACAAGUGGUGGCACUCAGCAGUAUACUGAGUGGAAUUUUGCUAAUGGCAUUUCCUGUCACCUCCAUAUUUCACACGUUUUCACGUUCUUAUACUGAGCUAAAGGAACAACAACAAAGAGCCAGUAGGCAGCUACAUAGACUAGAAGAGAGAGAUCAGUGCACGGAUGUUGACUAGAACAGUUCUAAAUCAGUUCAGAAGCUGAUGGGCCAUGAGCUAUACAGUAUCAGUGAUGAAGUGAGCUAGGAUGUUUGGGUUUGGUGUUAAAUACAACUGUACAACAACUUUAAACACAAUUUAAUAAUUAGAAGUCUGUUUUGGGAUUUUGUGUUGUUUAAAAGUUGGGUAUGAAAUAUUUUUGAACUUGUUAACUAAACCAUAUACUUGGUUGUAUGCUGGUGAAAUACAACACAAAAAAUGUAAAUUUUUAUGUUCUGAAUUUUCAAUAUAGAGGUGUAUUCAAUAGCUGUCGGACGCUGCCGUUUUGUCGGAAAGACGGCAGCUUCCAACAGAUUUCAAACGGAAGGAGUUCCGACCUAUUCAAUAUGGGCUGUUUCUUUCUGACAAAUCGGGAAUUCCUGACUUGUCGGAAAACACGUGGAUCGGCGGAAUAGCCACCGAUCCGCGUGCUUCUGUCGGAAAUAGGACCAAAUCCGACAGGUUUUGGCCCCAUUUCCGACAAUCUCAAUCUGAUUUUAAAAAAAGUCGGAUUGAGGUGAGGAGAUGGGGGAGCAGUGCGGCGGGCUAUGGGGAGAGGUGCGGCAGGCUAUGGGGAGCGGGGCGGCGGGCUAGGUGCAGCAGGGCAUGCAGGUACCUGACUGGCAUCCCCCCUGCAGCGCUCCCCAGCCGCAACUGGGAUACACGGCUGUGAUCUCACACACAGGGAGCUGCUGACAGCAGCUGUACGGACGCUGGCCAAAUCCGACAGUCGGAUUAAGCUCAAAUCCGACAGUCGGAUUUGGCCACUCUAUUGAAUAGGGCUUGUCGGAUCCAUUACAACAAAUGCAUGUCGGAAUAGAUCCGACUCUUAUUGAAUAUACCCCAAAGGGGUAUAUUUAAUAGCUGUCAGAAGCUGCUGUCUUGUUGGAAAGAUGGCAGCUUCCGACAGAUUUCGGUUGGAAGGGGUUCCGACCUAUUCAAUAUGGGCUGUUUAUUUCCGACAAGUCGGGAAUUCCCGACUUGUUGGAAAACACGUGGAUCGGUGGAAUAUCGCUUCUGUCGGAAACAGGGCCAAAUCCGACAGGUUUUGGUCCCGUUUCAGACAAUCUCAAUCCGACUUUUUUUAAAGGUGAGGAGACGGGGGAGCGGUGCGGUGGGCUAUGGGGAGCGGGCAGCAGGCUAGGGGCAGCAGGGCAUGCAGGUACCUGACGGGCGUCCCCUUGCAGCGCUCCCCGGCCGGCACUGGGAUACACACAGGGAGCUACUGACAGCAGCUGCACGGACGCCGGCCAAAUCCAACAAUCGGAUUAGUCAAUCCGACAAUCGACAGUCGGAUUUGGCCACUCUAUUGAAUAGGGCUUGUCAGAUCCAUUCCGACUUGUAUUGAAUAUACCCCAUAGUCUUCAUGACUCAUGGACAGAGUUUAAAACAUUUGUGGAAAAUUAUAGAAACUGAAUUAUCUUUUGUGUACUUUUAAAAUGAAAUCCUUUAAUAAUUUUUUUUUUUUUUUUUUUGAAGACAAAGAAGAAGAAAGCUUUAAUGGGAAUUAAACAUGUAUGUGUUUAGAUAAAUAUAUUUGUAUGCGAGAAUUCUGUAAAUGAGUUUAUAUUUUCACAUGCUCCAGACAUUUUCUUCCUGUACUAAAGGAAAUUCAGUCUCCAGCUUAGCAAAAUUCAGAAAAGGUUUAUAAUCUCCUUUCUGAAAUGUUUUUCUGUUUUAAAUAAAGGGAUACUCUACUAUUAUAUGAAAUUGGAGAUAAUUCUGAAGAAGAGAAUGAGAGAAUGUGUAUGAGAGGGGGGAAGAGAAAGAGGGCGGGAUGUACUAAAGGGAAAAUGUGAUAAACAUCCCCCGUUUUCGGGGUUUUUAUCGCAUUUUCGUAUAUACAAACACCCGACCGCCGCAUUUUUGAUGCACAGGGUACCCUAUAGAAGCCUAUGGGCUUCUAA